GCUUGUCUGCGCGAUGCUGUGCGUCUCCUCAUGCGUCGCGUUGUGUCCGUCGCGCUGCGAGUGUUCUGAUAUUGAACAUACGGUGCGCUGCGCGUCUGCCGCGCUGUUCCGAGUCCCCGCGGCGAUCCCGAGCGACACGAUCAGCCUGAUCAUCACUGGAAACACGAUUCACAGACUCGAGCACAGCGCGUUCAACGGACUGCAGAACGUCACACACCUGAACCUGAUGAAUAAUGGCAUUAUGGAGGUUGGAUCGCAUGUGUUCUCCUCACUGCACAAGCUGCGUUCUCUAAUCCUGAACAACAACCAGCUGGUGCUCAUCCAUCCAGAGGCGUUCUCCGUGCCUGGAAGCCCCCUGCAGGAGCUCAGCCUUCGCUCGUCUCUCUACAACUACACAUCUCUGACUGACCUCAUCACUGCCCUGCGCUGGGGCGAGCUCACAAAUCUGCUGCGCCUUGACCUGUCGGACAACCACCUUGUCCUCUUACCCCCGGGGAUGUUCUCUCCUCUGCCAAACCUGCAGCAUCUCCAUCUGAACAACAACUCUCUGGUGGCCGUCUACAACAGCACUUUCUCUGGUAUUGAACAACUUUUGGAGCUGGACUUGAGCAGAAAUGCAUUUAGAACUAUCACCGACGAGGGUCUUUACGAGUUGGAGCGACUCGGUCGGGUCCGUCUGAUGUUGGGUCAGAAUCCUUACGUGUGCACGUGUGAAGCACAAGAGUUUGCGAACUGGCUAAACAGUUCAAAGGUCAGGGUGGGCGAUGCAGACCGGCUGUAUUGCGAAUACCCCGCAGCGCUGCGUGAAGUGUCUUUGCGGGGUCUCACUGCACAGGCAUUGGGGUGUUACGGUAAACCGCACGAAGAGAUUACAGAGUUGUCCCUACAUACUUCCUACGUGUUCCUUGGAUUAGUGCUGGGAUUCGUUGGCAUGGUCUUUCUAUUCGUUGUCUACCUCAACAGAAAGGGUAUCAAGAAAUGGAUCACAGACAUACAUGAAGCAUGCCAAAAUGUUCUGGAGGGGUAUCAUUAUCGUUACGAAAUUGACUCCGACCCACGACUGGGGCGUGUUCCAAACAUUCGGCAGGGUCAGCCUCGAAUGGACCCACAUUUGGGGCACAUCCCUUCUGACUCCCGUAUCACACAGAUUCCAUCGGAUGUGACACUAUAACUGAACUGCAAAGAACUGCACAAUGAACCCAUUUUUAAUAGAAAUAUAUUUCAGUCUGUAGCAAAGUGGACUUUUUUCUAAAUAGACCAAAUCAAGGAAAUCAUGUCAUUGAGACUAGUGGUCAGCAGAUACCAUUAACUAGAGAGAUGGCUGGCUGAUGGCUUAUGUAAUUACAAUAUA